GACUGGAAUUACAGUACCGUUUCUUGCUGAGGGACACCGUCAUGGCGGGGCAUUAAGUGAGGGAGAACAAAAUUACACAGUGCGAUCCUCCCUUAGUCUUUCUUUCCGCUGGGGUCCUGUCGUGCCCGUAUGCGCUGCUGGUGUGCGGAUAAAGGACAGUGUUGAGAGACCGCGCUGAAAAAAGACGCAAAAAGAGGGUUAGCUUAGUAAAUUUAAAGCAGAAUGGCGGAUCGAGAUACAUUACCCCUUCCUCUGGAGGUGAGAGCUAGAUUAGCCGAGCUGGAACUGGAGUUAUCAGAAGGUGACAUCACACAGAAAGGCUAUGAAAAGAAGAGAUCAAAGUUAAUUGGGGCCUACCUCCCACAGCCUCCAGGGGUAGAACCCUCCAUGCCCCAGGAACGGAGAACCCCCGCCACCCCGUCCUCCUCGUCCCGGUACCACCGGCGCCGGUCCUCCGGCUCCCGGGACGAGCGCUACAGAUCAGAUGUGCAUACGGAGGCGGUCCAGGCCGCUCUGGCCAAACACAAGGAGCGGAAGAUGGCGGUUCCCAUGCCCUCCAAGCGGCGCUCCCUGGUGGUGCAGACCUCCAUGGAAGCCUACACUCCCCCAGGUGAGGAACAUAUUCCCGACCAAGACACGUCAUCGGGCUCGGAAGGAGAGGGCUCCAUGCAGGGCGAGGGCACGCCCACCUCCAGCCAGGGCAGCAUCAACAUGGAGCACUGGAUCAGCCGGGCCAUCCACGGCUCCACCACCUCCUCCACCACCUCCUCCUCCUCCACCCACAGCGGGGGCAGCGGUGCCGCCAGCCGCCUGGCCGACGUCAUGGCCCAGACGCACAUCGGCAUGUCAGGGCCAAUUGCUCACCUCUCACUGAAGAGGAAAACAGUGCCAGGCACAGUUGAGAACGGAAACUCCGGUUUGCGCCGGUCCUGCGAGUUCGGCUCAGACCUCGCCUGGCCGCCCUUGGAGUCGGAGGAGAACCACUCCGCCCCUCCCGAUGUCACCACGUACACGUCGGAGCACUCCAUACAGGUGGAGAGGCCGCAGGUGUCCACGGCCUCCCGCACCGCGCCCAAGUACGGCAACGCCGAGCUCAUGGAGACCGGAGACGGUGUGCCGGUCAGCAGCCGAGUUUCAGCCAAAAUCCAGCAGCUGGUGAAUACUCUGAAGAGGCCUAAACGGCCACCUUUACGGGAGUUCUUCGUCGAUGAUUUCGAAGAAUUACUGGAAGUCCAACAGCCAGACCCCAACCAGCCGAAGCCGGAGGGGGCGCAGAUGGUGCCCAUGCGAGGGGAGCAGCUGGGCGUGGUCACCAACUGGCCACCGUCACUGGAAGCGGCGCUGCAGCGCUGGGGGACCAUAUCUCCCAAAGCCCCCUGCCUGACCACUAUGGACACAAACGGAAAACCACUGUACAUCCUAACCUACGGAAAGCUGUGGACUCGCAGCAUGAAGGUGGCCUACAACAUCCUGCACAAGCUGGGGACAAAGCAGGAGCCCAUGGUCAGACCGGGAGACCGGGUGGCCCUCGUCUUUCCCAACAACGAUCCGGCCGCCUUCAUGGUCGCUUUUUACGGCUGCUUGCUGGCGGAAGUCGUCCCCGUGCCAAUCGAAGUUCCACUAACGAGAAAGGACGCAGGGAGUCAGCAGAUCGGCUUUCUGCUGGGAAGCUGCGGAGUCACCGUUGCCUUGACGAGCGACGCCUGCCACAAGGGUCUGCCCAAGAGCCCCACGGGGGAGAUCCCGCAGUUCAAAGGUUGGCCGAAGUUGCUGUGGUUCGUCACAGAGUCUAAACACUUGUCCAAGCCGCCCAGGGACUGGUUUCCACAUAUCAAAGACGCAAAUAACGACACCGCCUACAUUGAGUAUAAGACGUGUAAGGACGGGAGUGUGCUGGGAGUGACUGUGAUGAGGAUCGCCCUGCUGACGCACUGCCAGGCCCUGACGCAGUCGUGCGGAUACACGGAGGCGGAGACCAUUGUGAAUGUAUUAGACUUUAAGAAGGACGUUGGCCUGUGGCAUGGCAUUCUCACGAGUGUGAUGAACAUGAUGCAUGUGAUCAGCAUCCCCUACUCCCUAAUGAAGGUCAACCCGCUGUCCUGGAUUCAGAAGGUGUGCCAGUACAAAGCCAAAGUGGCGUGUGUGAAGUCGAGGGACAUGCACUGGGCCCUGGUGGCGCACCGAGACCAGCGGGACGUCAACCUUAGCUCCCUGCGCAUGCUGGUGGUGGCCGACGGCUCGAACCCCUGGUCUAUUUCGUCCUGCGACGCCUUCCUCAAUGUCUUCCAGACCAAGGGCCUGAGACCGGAGGUCAUCUGUCCCUGUGCCAGCUCCCCAGAGGCCCUUACAGUGGCCAUCAGAAGGCCCACGGACGACAGUAACCAGCCACCGGGGAGGGGGGUGCUGUCCAUGCAGGGCUUGAGUCACGGGGUGAUUCGGGUCGACUCAGAAGAGAAGCUGUCCGUGCUGACGGUGCAGGACGUGGGCACGGUGAUGCCAGGAGGGCUCAUGUGUGUGGUGAAGCCGGACGGAGUCCCUCAACUCUGCAAAACGGACGAGAUCGGCGAGCUGUGUGUGUGCUCCAUCGCCACGGGAACCUCGUACUACGGCCUCUCGGGCAUGACCAAGAACACCUUCGAGGUGUUCCCCAUGAGCAGCUCUGGCGCCCCCAUCAGUGAGUACCCCUUCACCAGGACGGGGCUGCUGGGGUUUGUGGGGCCCGGGGGCCUGGUCUUCAUCGCUGGGAAGAUGGACGGGCUGAUGGUGGUGGGUGGGCGGAGACACAACGCUGAUGACAUCGUGGCCACAGCGCUGGCGGUGGAGCCAAUGAAGUUUGUGUACAGAGGAAGGAUCGCGGUGUUCUCCAUCACGGUGCUGCACGACGAGCGGAUCGUGGUGGUGGCAGAGCAGCGACCAGACUCCACCGAGGAGGACAGCUUCCAGUGGAUGAGCCGGGUGCUGCAGGCAAUUGAUGGCAUUCACCAGGUGGGCGUGUACUGCCUGGCUCUGGUCCCGUCCAACACCCUCCCCAAAACGCCGCUGGGGGGGAUCCACCUGUCGGAGACCAAGCAGCUGUUCCUGGAGGGCUCCCUGCACCCCUGCAACGUGCUCAUGUGUCCCCACACCUGCGUCACCAACCUGCCCAAACCCCGACAGAAGCAGCCAGAGAUCGGGCCUGCCUCGGUGAUGGUAGGGAACCUGGUGUCGGGGAAGAGGAUUGCCCAGGCCAGCGGCAGGGAUCUGGGGCAGAUCGAAGACAAUGACCAGUUCCUCUUCCUGUCAGAGGUGUUACAGUGGAGAGCCCAGACCACCCCUGACCAUGUGCUGUACACUCUGCUCAAUUCACGGGGGACGAUAGCGAGCUCACUCACCUGCCUCCAGCUGCACAAGCGGGCGGAGAAGAUCGCGGCCAUGCUGGCGGAGCGGGGCCACCUGCAGGACGGGGAUCACGUUGCGCUCGUCUACCCCCCGGGCAUUGACCUGAUCGCGGCGUUCUACGGCUGUCUGUACGCCGGCUGCGUGCCCAUCACUGUGCGGCCCCCGCAUCCCCAGAACAUCGCCACCACCCUGCCCACUGUGAAGAUGAUCGUGGAGGUGAGUCGCUCGGCCUGUGUGAUGACGACGCAGGUGAUCUGUAAGCUGCUGAGGUCGAAAGAAGCAUCCGCCGCGGUAGAUGUCAGGACGUGGCCCCCUGUUCUGGACACAGAUGAUUUGCCAAAGAAGAAGCCUCCUCAGCUAUAUAAGCCCUCCAACCCUGACACACUGGCCUACCUGGACUUCAGUGUGUCCACCACAGGGAUGCUAGCUGGAGUGAAGAUGUCUCACACAGCCACCAGUGCCUUCUGCCGUUCAAUCAAGCUGCAGUGUGAGCUGUACCCCUCCCGCGAGGUGGCCAUCUGCCUGGACCCCUACUGCGGCCUGGGCUUCGUCCUGUGGUGUCUCUGCAGUGUGUACUCAGGGCAUCAGUCGAUCCUGAUCCCGCCCUCGGAGCUGGAGGUGAACCCGGCCCUGUGGCUCCUGGCUGUCAGCCAGUACAAAGUGCGGGACACCUUCUGCUCCUACUCCGUCAUGGAGCUGUGCACCAAGGGCCUGGGGCUGCAGACCGAGUCUCUCAAGUCCCGAGGCCUGGAGCUGUCGCGGGUGAGGACGUGCGUGGUGGUGGCAGAGGAGCGGCCCAGGAUAGCCCUGACCCAGUCCUUCUCCAAGCUCUUCAAGGACCUGGGGCUCCACCCGCGGGCCGUCAGCACCUCCUUCGGCUGCAGAGUCAACCUGGCCAUCUGUUUACAGCCUCACAGGCUGGGGAAGCUUGCCGAUCAGGGCACUUCAGGACCUGACCCUACUACUGUGUACGUUGAUAUGAGGGCCCUGAGACAUGACAGGGUUCGUCUAGUGGAGAGGGGGUCUCCACACAGUUUACCACUCAUGGAAUCAGGAAAGAUUUUACCUGGAGUUCGAAUCAUCAUCGCCAACCCUGAGACCAAAGGCCCGCUGGGAGACUCGCACCUCGGGGAGAUCUGGGUUCACAGCGGCCACAACGCCAGCGGCUACUUCACCGUCUACGGCGACGAGUCCCUGCAGUCCGACCACUUCAACUCCCGCCUCAGUUUCGGGGACACGCAGACAAUCUGGGCACGCACGGGCUACCUGGGCUUUCUGAGGAGGACGGAGCUGACAGACGCCAGCGGAGAGAGACACGAUGCCCUGUACGUUGUUGGGGCGCUGGAUGAGGCCAUGGAGCUGAGAGGAAUGAGAUACCACCCCAUUGACAUCGAGACCUCGGUGAUCAGGACUCACAAGAGCAUCACAGAAUGUGCGGUGUUCACCUGGACGAACCUGCUGGUGGUGGUGGUGGAGCUGGAUGGAUCAGAGCAGGAGGCCCUGGACCUGGUGCCGCUGGUGACCAACGUGGUUCUGGAGGAGCAUUACCUGAUCGUGGGCGUGGUGGUGGUGGUGGACAUUGGGGUGAUCCCCAUCAACUCCCGUGGGGAGAAGCAGCGGAUGCACCUACGCGACGGCUUCCUGGCCGACCAGUUAGACCCCAUAUAUGUGGCCUAUAACAUGUAGCCUGUCUCAGAGAGGGCAUUCACUGACUACUAUGUGUACAUAUCGCAAACAAACAUGUUGUGUCCGCUACAGAAGUACAGAGUAGAAGUUGAUGGGAUGGUGCCAGGAUAGCAGAGAUGUCUGUGAUCUAGCUUGAAAGCACUCCGGAUUGGUGUGAGGAAUGUGAAAGAGUUAAGUUUGUGUUGAGGUUUGAGGAAAACAAAGACAAAGGAAGCUUCACCUAUUUCCUGUCUGGGAGAGAAGACCCCCACAUUGUACUACACACUCCUUGCUUAUUUGGAUAUUGCUUUUGAAAUGCGUGUGGCUCUAUAUUUUCAUGUUACGUACGCUGAAGUUGCUCAAUUUUUUUAAAUACACCCUCUAAGAGGUAAGGGUAUUUUUUAAAAAAUAUUUACAUACUGUGGCAAACUGUAUUUUAAGUUGUUUACUGUUUUUAAGGUAUAAAGCAUUACAGGUGUUUCGAUACGGGACAUAUCGAUUUUGUCCUUGAACUUUGCAAAGAGGUAUAACUUUUUUUAUUAUUAUUAUUAUUAUUUGUUGUGUUUUUAGUCAUGCUCUUCCGACUUGCUUUUAAACGCUCCGCUGUACUGUCACAGCAACCGCCCAAAGGGUGGUUCCCCAGUCUGUUUCAGCGACGCAAAACAGACGUCUAUUGAGUCACAUCUUUGAUAUCAAACUUCAAACAUGGAAGGAAAACACUACGUUACUUCAUAUCAUGUA